AAAAUAUCCGGAAAAUGUGGCCCAACUUUGUAGGCAUCAUUUCCCUGCUGUGCCUUGCAUUCUUUGCUUGGGCCAGUGCUGGACCUGUGCCAAUUGUGAAUGAGCACCAACAACUGAUGCCCAAGGUCCCUCAGUGGCACUGCCUUCGCUACUUCAAGCACGAUGUCCUGAUGAUGCGACGCUGUCGUCACUUGCGAGUCCCAACGGCGCCACGGCUGGGGGACGUCAUCAAGCGGAAGAAGAAGUAGUAUCCGGCCGAUAGACAAUCCAAAUCCGAAUCAAAAUCAAAAAUACUCAACAUGACUGAGCAACAAAAUCAAUUAAAACUACAGUUUUUAAAGGAUUUCUAAAUCAGACCAAAGCUAAACCAAAUCAUAUAUAUGUACAUCCUUAGCAUUUCUAACUAUUAUAAGCCUAACCAAUUGUACUUCAUAGAUGUUUAAGAUUUUAAUAAAAUUAAAUUUCCAAAAACCUAAA